CCUGCUCCUCAUGGUCACUGCUGGGCAUCGGGGACACUGACACUGUCUCAACCCUGGCUUUAGGAGCAAGGCUGGGCGCUGUUCUUCGCACUCCCCUGGAUGUGCUGAGCACCUGCUGGCAUGAAGUUUUUCCUCCAAUAUGUGGGCUUCUUCUUUGCUUUUUUCUCUGCUGCAUUUUUGAUAAUAUCUACCUGGACAGACUGCUGGAUGGUGAAUGCUGAUGACUCCCUGGAGGUGAGUACAAAAUGCCGUGGCCUGUGGUGGGAAUGUGUCACAAACGUUUUUGAUGGGAUCCAGACUUGUGAUGAGUACGACUCCAUCUACGCCGAGCAUUCCGUGAAACUGGUGCUGACCCGAGCCAUGAUGAUAACAGCAGACCUCCUGUCAGGAUUUGGAUUUCUCUUCCUGGUCCUGGGACUGGAUUGUGUGAAAUUCCUUCCCGAUGAGCCGCUCAUCAAGCUGCGCAUCUGCCUGGUGUCUGGGGUUAUGCUGCUCCUUGCAGGUCUCCCUGGCAUCACGGGCUCCGUGUGGUACGCCGUGGAUGUCUACGUGGAGCGCUCCUCUCUGCUCUUCCACAACGUGUUCCUGGGCAUCCAGUACAAGUUUGGUUGGUCCUGCUGGCUUGGCAUGGCAGGGUCACUCGGCUGCUUCUUGUCUGGGUCUCUGCUCACCUGCUGCAUGUAUCUCUUCAGAGAGACCAGUUCUGGAAGAUUCCAUUCUGCCUACUCCUUGAGGAAAGGCUAUUCCUCAGCUGCGACCGUCGUAACAAAUGUGCAUUUGCCAUCCUCACAAACAGCCACCUCCAAAAUGUAUGCGGUGGACACAAGGGUGUGAGGAGGAGCAUUUGUCUCAACGCUAUUGGUGGAAAUGAGAUAAAUCAGCCAUUCCUGAAUCAGACUGCAGUGUUCUGCAUGAAGACCCCCAGACUGCAAGAUGGAUCUGUUCCAUGGCUGGCAAUGUGUCAACAGAGUGUGCAAAGGAGAAAAUCCUGGCCAAGGGAGGGACUGACUGCCUGACCAACAUCUGGACCCUGUGCACUCAGUAGGGGGGUCUGCCCCUCUUACAGGCACCUGGGGAGUUUUCAAGAGACAAGAGCAGUGUUAAAUGUGUGACCCUCUCUUUGGUCUGUGAGUCUGCACUGAGAAAUGAUUGUAAAUGCAGGUGCAUUCUUCCCUGAAAAAUACAGUCCUUCUCAGUCAGUGUUAAAGGGUAUACUACUAAACUCAGUGAAAUCUGGAAAUUGCCAGCUCAUUCUGCUUAAUAAAAACAUUGCUUG